UUUGGUGUUUCUGGUGCACUUGCAAAUGCUGCAAAGGAAUCAAGUAAAAUUACAAGUUUUUUUGGAUCUAAGAACGCAUCGAUAGGUGUUUCGGUAAGUGAUUUUUUAGACAACAGUAACCCUUUGAGCGAAUUUGCUGGUGGAUUUUCGGCUAAUUUAGACAAGGAAGAAACAAUGUCUAUAGUAUUAUGCGAAAAGAUUAAUCAACUUCGGGAAGAUCUUCUAAAAAAUGCACAAAUAUUUACAGCUUUCGAAUACAAUAAACGGUGGACCGUUUAUGAGUAUUUUGUACGGUUAGAUAAUGGUGAUGGUAAAAUGCAGGCAAGCGAGGAAGCUGCGAAUGUUGUCUAUGUCUCGCCAAAAUCAUAUACAGCUAAAUGGAUCCGUGCUUUGGCUAAAUCUUAUUUAUAUAAUGAAUCAUUUCCACUUUCACGAUGUGAUCGACACCAAAAACAUAAGCGACUUGUUGAUAAUGAAGAUAUCGCAUUAUGA